GUAUUGCCGACACCGUGAACGGUUCCUGGCGAGCUCAGCAUGCGGAGUCUUGCAGCUCGGAGCCUGCGCGGCGUCGCGCACGGCACGAGCAAGGUGAAUGGAGCACACUAUGUUCCGGCUCUGAGGAGUGCUGCUAGCCAGGCGCGCGUGGAGGCACGCUCCGGGGGCUCAUCGCGCGCGAGCACCCGGAUGGCUCGUGGCGCCGCAGUCGUGGUCGCUGCAGGCGCCUCCGCGGCCGCUUCUGCCAAGUCCACCGACAACCCGUUCGACGGGGCGGAGGAUCUGCAGCUCCUGAAGACCAAUGGAGUGGUGGUGAAGACCGGCAACGUGACGCAGGGCAGGGUGGUGGUGGGCCUGCUGCGCCACCUUGGCUGACCUUUCUGCUGGGAGCAGGCCCAGA